CCUCCUUUCUUUUCUUAAAACGAACACACAGACAGAACCGUGUAACAUUUUGUAGCGACGAAAACGGUGUGAUUCGGUGUCUGUGUCUCGAUCCAGUCCCGGUUAGCCAGUUAGCUAGUUAGCAUCGAGGCUUUCAGCCUAACAAAUGAACCGAGCAGUGGCUAGCUUAUUUAGCUGCCUACUUGAUGAAACCUUAACCUAGUUGGUGUUUUUUUUUUUUUUCCAGCAAACGAAGCUUAAGUUAGCGAGCCACCGGUAUUGAUAUUGGUAUAUCUAUUGGGAUGAACAGCAUGUGAAUAAAGAAAGAAAGCCCAGGACCACGUUGGCUCAAGUGGUCUGUUUUGUUAUCAAGCCGGUAAUUUUGUCAACGUAGGUGUUUAAUGCUAAUGAGUUAACUGGACGCAGGAGGACGUAUGUGAGGUUUAAUAGACAUCGUGCUGUUGUUCAGUCAGUGAAUGGGACAGACUUAGUGGGUGCUUUUUGAAUUGAGUGUCCAUCUGUGGGGAACUGCUGUGUUAUCCCAUAGCCUUCCCUUGCCCGUUACACCCCUCCUUUUCUUCUCUGUCUGUAUGUCUGUCCUUUUUUAGGUUUGUGGUAAAGUUGGCAAGCAAAUUCACUUUCCAUUUGAUACCUUCAACACUAACCCCUCUAUCAGUUACUCUCAGUUGAGGUGAUAUAUUAUCAAAGCAAAUAUUGAUCUUACUGAUUUCCUAUAGUCUUUUAACCAAUGGCACAGUCUUGCCAUGCUCCUCUUGUAAAUGAACAGUCAUUCAUUGGGCUGUUCAGCUGGUGAAAGGGUUUUUAGGGCAGAUACAGAUGGGAUAGUGGGCAGUUUGAGGGGUUUCUUAUUUUCUGAGGACAGAGCAGAUGAUGGGAAUCUUGCUAAUCCAUUUAGCUGUGCGUCACUUAUUAGCUUGCCUGUGUAUAGAGGAGUUGCUCUUCCCUUGGUAGCCACCCAGGAUGAAUCAGUGAAUAAAAAUAGUGGCUUCAGAGCACUCUUGUGGCUCCCACAUGGUUGAGAGCCCUAGACGGUACAAAUACAAGAUACAGCUUUCUGUCAAACACUCACAAACAUUUGAGUGACGGUAACAUAAUGUUGUAUCUGUAUCAGCCCUCAUUGGCCUUGUUUUCUAAUCGGGGCAAGAACCAGUAUAUUUAUGGAGUCUUCAUAGGCAGAAAAUGAUGUUAGGAGAGUGUGUGUGUCCCAUAUUAUUGCCUUGUACAGGCUGCAGGGCAAGUCUGGCAGGGAGUUGUUUAGUAUACAGAGAAGAACAGAUGGUUUGCCUAUUGUUGUAAGGCCUGUCACCGACAAGCUUAAGUCAUUGCUAAGUAAUUGGGUUGGGUAAUUCCUACCCUGAAUCUGUUGCACAGUGUGUGUUUCUACAGACCCUGUGUUCACUUGUUUUAUCCGACCCGAAACACAAAGAUAUUGACUGUCAUACAUGAGCAAAUAAAACCAGCAAAUUCUCAGAUUUAAGAAGCUGAAACAGAAAAUGUUUGCUAUUUUUGUUUGAAAAAUCACUAAUGGAUAAUCAAAAUAGUUGCUGAUUAAUUUUCUGAUUGAAUUGAUUAAUUGACUAAUCAUUUCGCCUUGAGACAAAACACCUUUUCUCCUACCUAUAUACAUUGAUUAGGUUAAGCUGUUUAGGCUGACCAUGUCCUGCUCCACAGAUAUUAGGACCCAGUUCUGGAGGAGAGCAUUACAGCGAGGGACCAGUGGCAUCCGAAAAAUGGCCCCUGCAGAGAUGCCUGGCUCUUCAGGCACAACCCAGAGUAUGAAGAAGACCAUUGGACACCGGGGGGUUGAGACCACCACAGGAGAGACCACCUAUAAAAAGACCACGUCAUCUGCCCUAAAAGGUGCCAUCCAGUUGGGCAUCACUCACACAGUUGGCAGCUUAAGCCAAAAGGCAGAAAGGGAUGUUCUCAUGCAGGACUUUGUGGUGGUCGAAAGCAUCUUCUUCCCCAGUGAAGGCAGUAACCUGACUCCCGCUCAUCACUACAGUGACUUUCGCUUUAAGACUUACGCUCCUAUUGCCUUCCGUUACUUCAGGGAACUCUUUGGCAUUCGGCCAGAUGACUACCUGUAUUCUCUGUGUAACGAGCCACUGAUCGAGCUGUCUAACCCCGGAGCCAGCGGAUCCAUCUUCUAUGUCUCUAGUGAUGACGAGUUCAUCAUCAAGACUGUUCAACACAAAGAGGCAGAGUUCCUCCAGAAACUCCUGCCUGGAUACUUCAUGAAUAUAAACCAAAACAAACGCACUCUGUUACCCAAGUUCUACGGACUAUAUUGUGUUCAGGCAGGGGGCAAGAAUAUCCGUAUUGUAGUGAUGAACAAUCUUCUGCCUCGGAUCAUCCCCAUGCACAUUAAAUACGACCUGAAGGGCUCCACCUAUAAGAGACGAGCUUCCGCUAAGGAGAGAGACAAGGCUGUUCCCACUCACAAAGACCUAGACUUUAUUCAGGACAUGCCUGAUGGCCUGCUGCUGGAAGCAGACAACUACAAUGCCCUGUGCAAGACUAUACAGAGGGACUGCUUGCUCUUGCAGAGUUUCAAGAUCAUGGAUUACAGUCUGUUGAUGGGUAUACACAACAUGGACCAGGCCAGUCGCGAGCGGGAGCGUGGUGUGGGCAAUUCGGGGGACAGCGGGGGGUCGGAGGGAGCAGUGACCCCAGAUCAGCGUCGGCCACAAGCCCAGAGAAGUCUGUACUGUACAGCCAUGGAGUCCAUUCAGGGGGAGGCUCGAGGGAAGGGGGCUUUGGAUUCAGAAGACCACAUGGGCGGUAUUCCAUCUCGUAAUUCUAAAGGAGAAAGGUUGCUGAUCUACAUCGGCAUCAUUGACAUUCUUCAGUCCUACAGGUUUAUUAAGAAGUUGGAGCACUCCUGGAAGGCCUUGGUCCAUGAUGGGGACACAGUUUCAGUUCACAGACCUGGCUUCUAUGCAGAUCGUUUCCAGCAAUUCAUGUGCAACACUGUGUUCAAGAAAAUUCCACUAAAACCAUCACCGUCUAAGAAGAGUCGUGGCGGAGGUCAGGGAGGUCUUAGGAGGGCUCCCACUCUGGGAGCUCCCACCCCACUCUCCCACGCAACAGGACAGUCAGGCGUUGACUCCAGAUUAGUCUACCACAGCCACUUUAAAAGCACAGACUCAGAGGCAGACAGCGGCGUGCAGUCGGGCAGACCAGAUCUUGUUCCGAGGACCCCUCCGCUGGUAGAAAACCCUGCUGACUGUGAGGCCAACCUGUCCACCUCAUCACUAGGCAGCGCAGGAGUUGCCUCCACCUCUCCUCCCCUACGGUCUGUAGGGGUGGAAGUGCACAAAUCAGCAAACACAGACCUUGACCAGGGUUCUUCUCACAGUUUUGGGGCAGAAGGGGAUCGUUCAGGCAACCUAUCUGGAAAUGAAGAUGUAGUUUCCCUCUCAGACAUCAUCCCUGAAACCAACAUUUGCUUUUAAAAACAAACAAGUGCCAUCUAAAGGCGAGGACAUUUCUGGAUGAGGUGAGGCAGGCAGAAGAAAGGAUAAAGAGAGCGAAAGUCACCCAGCCACCAUCCGCCAUCCACUGCACCUCUUGUUUUCUCCCCCGUACAGUAUAUACAGGGAUUGCUGGAUGAAGCAGUGAGGUGCAGUGGAGGUUGUGGCAAUGAAGAAAACAGUGGUGGGAAGAUCAAGAAGAAGACGGUGUGCGGUAGGCUUCCCCAGCCAUUAACAGUGUCACUGUGCGCACACCCCCCCUCCCAAUGUCUAAAGGCCAAUUGUCUUCGAUAUAAACCUGGAAAAAAGGCUUAUGACCCUGAAUGGGCAGCUCUUCAGUAGCAGAUUUACAUUGAUUCUGCUGCACUGACAUAAUAAACACAAUAAUUAGUUGUAUAUUGUAAAAAGCCCAUGCCCCAGUCACCAGUGGAUGGUGAAGGCAGUCAAAUUAUCCAUGAAGAGUUGGCCAUCGUGUCCACUUUACGCAGCAUGAAGCGAUGUGAGAUGGCACAGACAGCAGUUCAGCAGGAACACACACACCUAAGAGCACAUGAAGGGCAUAGCCGCCUGCAUUUGUUGGAGUGAAUGGUUCCCUGUGUGUUCAUGCACAGUCUAAGUGGGUUCACAUUUCCGUGAUUCACACUAAUGUUCCCAUUACCGCACAUCCUUCCCCCCCCAGUGCUUCUUUUGAGCAGGGGCACUCUGAACUACCAGUGGUCAUCAUUUAAAUCAACACAUGCUGCUGUUGUCUCUGCAAUCAUGUAAACAUGUUUUUUUUUUUUUACUGAUUGUGGAUGUACAGUAUUUGUUUGAAAUUGGAUUUUGAAAUAGUGGAAGGAUGGGUUGAAACACCCACAGUCAUUUUUUUCACGUUUUUGUUUUAAGUUAUUCAGCUGGAAGCCACGGUGGUGCUGCAAAGGUCCAGCCAGAUCUUGCCACUACUGAAUGUACAUUGCAAUGUUUUUCUUCUAUAGAAUGUGUCUUAUUAACAUGGCAGACCACAUUUGUACAACCCUGAAAAUCUCCCCCUCUGAUGUGACCAUAUGUGCUAAAGUAUAAAUGAAUACAGAGAAGAAGAGCUGUCGACAGUAUUGCUGGCCAGUAGAUGCUGUUAAAUGAAGUCAUGCUGUUGAGCUAAUAGAACAGUAAUAACUCCCAGCUACUGUCAUGUGUCUGUCAUGUCUGUGCCUUUACAUGUUUGUCCCUGACAUGUGAUACGUAACUGACAUUUUUUUUUACAGGUUAGUGUUGUAGUCACACAGAGAAACCUGCCUUAUCACUACAGCUGAAGUCAUCAAAACUGCCAUUCGUAUGUCUGGAACAACCGUCGGUUGUUAGGGGUUAAAAGAACACUAGUACAAUCCCCUCUUGGUUAUGUGUGUCCAAUAUUCAGUCACUGUGAUUCAUCAGCUCAGCUAAUCCUUUUAACUCUUCCAACAUCAGACAGUAAGGAUGUUAGUCUUUUAUUAGACAUUUCUGCUGGUUACAGAAAUGACACCCGCCCCCACAUCCACUCUUGGACCAAUAUUACUAACAAAGUGUAUUACUAAUUUUUUUUUUUUGUACGUCUUACUCAGCUUUUACUCGGCUGUUCAUACAAAUUGUGCUUUGUUGUUUUUAUCUGAUUGUUUAGGGCACUAAACAAGCUACUGAGGUGGCUGGCAGAGAGCUUCUUUACCCCAUGAAAUAUUUCUGAUACAGAAAUUUGAAUCACUACCAAGUGGCUGUAGCAAAACUCAAGAUCUUAGACAUCAUCUCAUCUAAGGAAUUACUGUUUAUGUUUAUGUUUGUUAGGCACAUGUGGUCUAUGCAGCAGAGAGGGAGAAGGGGAAAUGUGAGUUGUAAAUAUAGAAAGAAGGAAAACUACUCAUGUUCAUCAAUGCACAGUUGAGAAUUUAGGACUGAGUCUUCUGUAUUAUAAGCCAGUCACGGCACCAAAGAAAAGAGAUGGAAGUUUCUGCAAGUGUGCAGGAUCCAGUACAGUUAACAUGAAAAUGAAAUGAAACACUCCUGGACUGAUAUGUUGUAUAUGGUAAUAACACUGGGUUGACCUGUGUUUUUAAGGCUCUAUUAUUAAACUGGAUGUUUGCUAGGUAAUUUCACGUCUGAUAAGCUGUAUCUGACCUAGUCCCUGUAAAGAUUUAUUUUUUAUUUAUCAAAAGAAUUGGUUUACAUUGUGGCCUGAGACAUUUCAAGAUUUAACUCCACAUUCCUGUGAAAUCCAAGUUAAAUUUACUACAAAUUGUGGUAGCUCAUAGAACCCAUUAUUUGUGUAGUUUGAAUUAUGUACUUGAUAUGAAUUAUUUCUGGUAUAAUGCUGAAAUGUAAAAUAUUGAUUAUGUCAAAAAAGAUCCAUUUUAAAGUUGUGUCAAGUUGGUUGAGAGUCAAACAGCCACCAAAGAAAACACUCCAAGAAUUCUUCCUCAUUCGAAAAAUCCAGAUUAUGUUUUAUAACACCUGAAUUUUGUGUUUUAUGUGAUAACUGUUUUUUCUUUUGUUUUUUUUAAUGGGUGGUACUGUGUAAUUGCUGGAUACAGACAAGUUCUGUCGCAGUUAUUAUGUACUACACUAUGGCACAAACAGAAACAUCAUCCUUCGGUGCUUAAAGGGCGGCGCACUCAGUGUAGACACUACAAUAUAUUUGAAGUAAUGCAAUAUGAACCACAAUCUGCCACCCUUCAGCUCUAAGAAGUAUAUUUAUUAACAUGGUUGAUUGCUGCAGGCUGAAAUAAUAGAAGUUGUAUUAUGUACCUUUUAAAUGAUUGUACGUAUACUGACAGAAGGAUGUCUGAAACUUUAUAGCGUGUAUUGCUUAUGAAGGGGGACAAUUUGACAAUUUCACUUUUUAUAUUUCAUGUUUAGAUUAUGAUAUGAUAGAUUCUCUCCAUGAUGAUUCUGGGUUGUUAAUCUCCCACGCUUUUUCUACAUGAAUGUUUCACACGGCUCGCGAGCCAACGUUGCUGGUGGUCCUAUAUGCUUCAAUUACUAUAUUUUUACUGUGUAUAAAAUGUGUAUAUGUACAUAGGAGUCACGGAAAUGCCUUCUCAUGCAAUAUGUGCUGCCUGUCCCUCCUGCCAUGUUUCAGUUAUGUGGUGGUGAUUGUUUCCAUGUCUGAUUUUAAAGGAUUAAACAUAUUUUCUAAAUCUUG